AUGAACAUUCUAUCAUUUUCCCGCGAGUUAUAUUCCCUCGACGUCCUCGACACCCGAUUCACGCACUCCUCAUCGACACCUCUGAAGUUUGUUAACGAGGACACGUCAAAGUCUGGGGAAAGAGAUGGAAAGACACUCCCUGCUGAUAUUUCGCCGCCACGAUGGAGAACUCUGGAAUUCUACUUCUACACUCUCGUUUUUCUGUUCUGCGUUCCGCAGAUGUAUUGGGCGGUAGUCACUGUUUCGCAACCGGAUUCUCCCAAUUAUUCGAAAUAUGAACAUCUAUUGUCUCCGGGCUGGCUGUUCGGCAGGAAAGUGGACAAUUCCGAUGGUCAAUAUGCCAGCUUUCGAGACAAUAUUCCGCACUUAGCCGUCCUUGUCGCUCUUCAUCCUCUCCUUCGAAAGGUGUAUGAGCGGUUCGCACUUCGUGAUACACCCGUGUCCAAUGGAAACACAAAGUCCAAGGAUGCUGCUGUAUCAGGAGCAGACCUUCGUCUGAAAAGUCGUCUCUCUUUUGACUUCUUUUCUGCAUUGAUCUACAUUGCUGCUCUCAAUGGAUUUUCGACUCUCAAAAUUCUUCUUAUUAUUUUCAUCAACUUCAAAAUCGGCACUGCUCUUCCUCGAAACGCCGUGCCAGCAACGACCUGGGUAUUCAACAUUGCGAUUCUCUUUGCCAAUGAAUUGCUGCAAGGUUAUCGCUUCUCCGCCUUGGGUGAUGUUGUCGCACCGUUUUUCCCUCCCAUGGCAGAUUGGUGCCAAAUUUUGGAUUCAUACGGGGGAUUGAAUCCGCGUUGGGAAGUCCUUUUCAAAAUUACUGUGUUAAGAAUGAUAUCUUUCAAUUUUGACUACUACUGGUCGCUGGAUCGGUCGAGGGCGGGAAGUCCUAUCGAGGUGUGUCUCACGUUUCUCUGGCAAUUUCCGAAGGAUGAUCUUCUCACAAGCUCUGUUACUGACAAUGUCAAGAAGAAACAACUCGAUCCUUCGAACCUUUCAGAACGAGACCGAGUGGCCAUGCCCGCUCCAGCAGCAAUGUACACUUCAUUUCGAACCUACAUCGCAUACAUAUUAUAUCCUCCAUUGUAUCUGGCUGGGCCGGUUUUGACCUUCAAUGACUACAUUUCGCAGUCCACAUACCCAUCACCUUCCCUGAUGAUAAGACGCACGGCACUCUACGGAGUCAGGUUCCUCAUUACUCUGUUUUGCAUGGAAUUCCUCUUGCAUACCACUUAUGUCGUCGCCAUCUCCAAAGCCUCACCAAAUUGGUCUGCCUACACACCCUUUCAACUCAGCAUGCUUGCUUAUUUCAAUCUGCACAUCAUUUGGCUGAAAUUGAUGAUCCCCUGGCGAUUCUUCAGACUUUGGGCCUUGAUCGAUGGAAUCGAUCCGCCCGAAAAUAUGGUCCGAUGUAUGAGCGAUAACUACUCCGCGUUUGGAUUUUGGCGCUCGUGGCAUAGAAGUUUUAACAGAUGGACCGUUCGAUACGUCUAUGUCCCGCUCGGGGGAGGCCCGGGAGGAGGUUCAGGUAGAGUUCGAGGAAUCCUCAACAUGCUCGCUGUCUUCACCUUCGUGGCAUUGUGGCACGAUAUCAACCUGCGACUUUUGAUGUGGGGUUGGCUUGUUACUCUGUUUGUCCUCCCUGAAGUUCUCGCCACCAUGGCGUUUCCCAAAUCAAGAUGGAAGAAUCGACCCACGGCUUACCGAGUCAUUUGUGGGAUUGGUGCGGUGGUCAACAUUCUCAUGAUGAUGGCGGCGAAUCUUGUUGGCUUUGCUUUGGGUAUGGACGGGCUGAUGGGACUGGUUCAUGGUAUCAUUGGCAGCUGGUACGGGGCGGUUUACAUGCUCGGUGCUUGUUUUGCUCUGUUUGUUGGUGUCCAGGUCAUGUUUGAGCAUCGGGAAGAAGAAAAAAGGAAAGGGAUUAGGUUGAAGUGCUGA